AUGCCGACGAAGAUAUUCAGCGACAACGCUACCAAUUUCGUCGGCGCCGAUGGCAAGCUGCGCGAAUUGAAGGAGGCGUUUCUAACAAUGGGUCCAGAACUGAAGAGAUUCGCAGCAGACGAAGGGUGCAGCUUCAUCUUUAUACCACCGCGGGCGCCGCACUUCGGCGAAUUAUGGAAAACCGCGGUGAAGUCCGCCAAACACUACAUCGUUCGCGUAAUCGGCAAUGCGCUACUGACCGCAGAGGAACUGUCAACACUACUGGCAGAAGUGGAAGCCAUMCUCAAUUMUCGGCCCUUAACACCGUGCAGCCAGGACCCCAACGACGGCGAGGAACUAACCCCAGCGCAUCUACUAAUAGAAUGGUCCCGGGCUUUAUCCCCAGAGAAGGUGCCAGUGACUCCAGUUCGUUGUUGCGAGAGAUGGCAACUUGUUUGCUGUCUCCAGCAACAGUUCUGGCGACAGUGGUCCAAAGUAUACCUGACGGGCCUUUAG